GCGUGGUAUAUUCGAACAGUCGAUGAAUAACAAGCAAGUGUGCAAGAUUCUCCUUCUUCAACUUGUAACUAUUGUUAAGUAAGAAUUACUGCCUUUUUGCUAAAGCCAGGAAACUUGCUUGUAAACACCAAGGCUAAUGGCACCUAGACCCAGUAAGCUUCAUCACAAUCUGAAGCAGGUUAAUCAUGAUAGGAUUACUGUACAGGAGAAACACAAGAUGCUGACCACACAACAGAAACGCCCUGCUGAAAAGUCACCUGAAACCACAACUUCAACAAGAAAACGACCAGCUUUUGGUGACUUAACAAAUGCAUUGACGAAAAAAACUACCACCGGUGGUUUGAAAAAAUCUGAAAAACCAACAAAGACGCUGAUUGUUAAGAAACCGGCAAAGACAGAGCGUGCUGGUAAGCCGAGGAGUAGGAAUAGUGAAGAAACUUAUGCAAGCUGUGAAUCAUCACUGGAGUUGUCUGAGUGCAUAAGUUCUCAAGGCUCACAGCUCCCAAGUUCCCAGGAUCAUCGCGAAAGCUUCGAAGACUCGUUGUGCUUGCGCCUCAGUCAGACCAGUACCUCAGAAUCUGAGAAGGAUGCACAGAAAGCCAGUAACGUGUGCCUAAGUAAUGAUGCGGAAAGUGAUAACGAGGAAGCACAGCCAGAAAAGGUCACUUUAAAGCCAGAAUAUGACGUAGAUGAUGAAUUCAAGAAUGAUAUUUUUCAUGUUCCUGAUUAUGCAUAUGAUAUUUUUCUGUACUACAAAUCAAGGGAGGCAAAGUUUGCUGUCGGUAAGUAUUUGGACACACAGGUGGAGAUUAGUGCAUCUAUGAGAGCAAUCCUGGUUGACUGGUUAGUCGAAGUUCAGGAAAACUUUGAGCUGAACCAUGAAACGCUGUACCUGGCUGUCAAGAUCAUUGACCUUUAUCUGUCAAGAGUGACAAUCUCAAAGGAAAAGCUACAGCUCGUUGGGUCUACAGCGAUCUUUAUCGCAUGUAAAUUUGACGAAAGAUGCCCACCUUUGUCGGAUGACUUUCUGUACAUCUGUGAUGAUGCAUACAACAAGGAAGAGUUGAUUAAGAUGGAGCAGAUGAUCCUGAAAGCACUAGAUUUUGAUUUAGGCACGCCAAGCUCAUACAGGUUCCUGCGACGAUAUGCAAAAUGUGCCAAGGCGAACAUGGAGCUACUCACUCUAGCUCGGUAUAUCUGUGAACUAUCUUUGCAAGACUAUGAGUUUGUGGAUUGUAGUGACAGCAAGUUGGGUGCAGCAUGCUUGCUACUGGCCAUGCAAAUGAAAAGUGUCAAUCACUGGGGCGUCACAAUGGAGUACUACUCCGGAUACUCUGAGUCCGACCUGAUGUCGUUAGCAAGGCAUCUGAACAGCAUGCUCAGCAGUCCCUCUGUCUCCACCAAAUCUCUGAAGACCAUCAAGACCAAGUACUCCCACAAAGUAUUCUUUGAAGUAGCCAAGAUACCAUUCUUGGAUGUGUUGGCAUUAGCUUCAUGAGCUGUGAGUGCUUCUACAUAGGGGAUUGAGGAACUCUGUAGUGCUGGCCUGUAAACACUAGUGUGUGAUUGUGACCAAAGAGAUUUGUUACGAAUGAGUAACUAUCGAAAACCCGAGAGUAUCACCAGGGAAGUCACUUGAUAGUUUUACAAAUAUCUCUGUCACUAGUGACGUUUCCAUCUGAAUAGAUAGUGUAGGUGAUUAGUUAAUUAGGCAUCACAAAUUCUUGGUGAUUGUAUUCACGCAAAUGUCUACGUGACGUAUUUGAAACUAUGACCCAAGUAUGUUUGAAUAUUUUCUCCUGGGUAGUGUUGCUGCUAAAAGCAGCUAGUAUUGUCGAAUGCUUUUUAGCUUCUACAUAAAGCUCAUGGUGGAGGGGUUUGUACAGCUGUAGGCCUGCAAAAACUUCGACAAUUCAAUGAUGCAUGAAGAUUUAGUGCUGCAAGAGCUGCUUUUAAGUGAUCAUUUAUCAGUUUAUAUUAUUUUUGAAACGCUAGAUAAAGACUGUUAAUUUUGUACCCUAGGUGAAUUGGAUACCUCACCAAAUUAUGUUGUUUUAAUGAGAUCAAAAAGAGAAGUCCUAGACUCCUAAUUGGUCGAAAUAGAUGCAAUUUGAGACAUUAAAUCAUAGUGUCUUUUUUUUUUAAAUUCCGAUGUAUCUGUAGCUAUAGUUAUAAUUGACAUAAUAAUUUAUAUCUCAGAUAUAGGAAGUCAGCUUAGUGCACUGCUAACCACUGAUCCAUCUCUGUAUACAAGUCACAUGGCCAACUCUUGCGAUAUAAUCAUUUGUCAAAUUUACAUAUUCAAAAGGACAAUUUUUAUUACUUUUAUUUUUGGCAUCAUGUUAACUUUUGCUAGCCAUUUUUAGUAUUCCCGCAUUUUCCAUAUGCCAGCUUGGUCUUAUAAGUUCUUUGUAAGUGUGCAGGUGAGUAAGUUAUAAGAAAUUACGUGUUCUGGUGAUGCUUUUAUUCGACGGUCACUAUUGGUGUAUCUGACUGGCAAUUUUAAGUGCAUGUAGCAGCUUCUGAUACUGACAUGGAUGAAGUAUAGCACGUGUUUAGUAGAUUUUAGCUACGGUAAGAACCCUGCAGUGUUACUUCUCGAUAUGUUGUGGAACAGACUGUUGCUGUGGUAUAUAUGUGUAAAGAUUGGGGUGCUUGCAUGAUUAUUUCCUUAAAUAUUUAAUCAAUUAUGAUCAAUAUCUGAUGUAUAUAUGAGAUGGGGGAACUGGGCAACUAAAGAGGGUAUAACUGGGAAGGGUGAGUGGGGGUUGUGUAAAUAUAGAGAAGCAAUCACUCGUGCACUAUCAGCAAUGAGCGUACAAUUCUCAAAAUGUUAUAGUGCAAAUUGGACAGCCUGUCUCUCAUGCAUUGUGAGCAUGUUUUGUAAUCUGAUCGGGCACCGAAAUAUGAAAUAAAACAAAGGUAUAUCUUUGUUUCCUUAAUCGCUGUCGAUAUCCAGCGUCACAUGAGAAGUUUAAAAUUGAGUUUUUACAAGUGACUUCAAUCAUUGUCAUUGCGAUCGAUUUGGGCUCUGUAAUUGGUUCAAAGUACUAAUUCAUACCGCUGUAUGGAAGAAAAGGGAAUACUAGGAUAAAUGUGCAUGGCACUUUUCAAAACAAUGGGUACGCCAAAUUUCAAUAUAGGUGGUGUUUCCUUUUUGUUUUAUUUAAUUUUCCGGGGGUGAAACAAAGCAUGAUCACUGCGUGUUGGACUACCAGCUGCUUGAAACGUUAGACAUGGCUGUAUUUGUUUGUAAUGUUAUUGGUGUCAUUGUCUAGUUUUUAGAUAUCAUUUCUACUUGCAUUUUUAUGAUUUUUUUCCUAUAUUAUCCUUUUAACUCUCCUAUGUCUUUUUUAUGUAUUUGGUCGUAUUUCUAUUACCAUGUAAUCAAGCGUCCAUAAUUAAUAGAUUCUAUUAUGGACUCGUGAUGUAAUCUAUGCGUCUGUGUGAGUAGUUACGCGUGUUUUUGUCGUCUAUAGAAAUCAUAUAGUCAGUUGUAGCUGCAGAUUGCAGUAAUUUAACCAAUUACGGUACAAGAAUUUUAUAGUGUUUCAGACCUUUCGUAUUUUGUUAGUACAUAUCGCUUUUAGUUGCUGUCAUUUAUUUGAUCCUCUCCAUCUUACUGCACUUCUGAGAACAAGAUAAAGGCAGACAUAAUACCAAGAGUAGAUAAUAACACAUGUUAUUAUCUACUCUUGAUAAUACGUAUAAGAUGCUGUGUAAUAUGCCUGAUAUACACGUGGUGGUAAUCCAAGCUUGUCUGGUGGUCGUAGCAGCUAUAAUAAGUUCAUUUUAUUUCACAUGUUGAUGCAUGGCUUGAUGCUAGCAAGAGUAUAUGAUAUAUAAAA